GAAACCAUGUUCUCGACCGCGACGAUGAACUUGGGACGGAGACGGGGCGAUUCGGACAACGACCUCAUUGCGCUCAUCAUUCGGCUCGCCAGCAUUUUGAACGCUGUACACGUCUUCCUUUAUCGACCAUUCUUCUCUCACGCUCAUACCGUUGCCUCUGGCGUCACGCAAGUCGAACAAGUCCGCCGCAUCGACUUGGCUCACGCCACCUGCCCCGAUGCUCUCGCAGCGCUUCGUAGUCUAGUCCUCGCCAAGCUAUUGUCUGCUUUUGGCGCAGGCGCUGCACAAGAGAUCUCUUUGACCACAUCAAUUGCACUCGUUCUCAGUAUCUUGGCUGUGCUCUAUGCAAAAUACUUCGCCAUCUGGCCGACUGAGAUCGCUGCUACGAAAGCCACGGGAUAUCGAAGUCAAGUUGACAAUAAAGCAGUGGAGGCGGAAGCAGCACAGCGAAAUGUCACGGCGCAUCGCGAGGUUGUCGAUGAGCAAGAAGAGAGGCUUGUUCAGGCGGCUUCCUUUCUUACCCCAGAUUCACAUUCCUCUGCCUCUGCAAAACAAUUCCAACCAAGAUCCCCGCUCGUCUGCCCUCUUCGAUUUCCGCCAGCCCAAAAAACGCCCGACGAAUACUGCAAACCAGACUCGAUUCAGAUAUCUACUAGUAGCCCCAAGGCAUCCGAGUCACCGACCCCAUCGCCGUCUCCAAUAUCCAAGCCGCUCUCAGCCCGUUUGUUGUCGACCAGUUCAACACCACUCGCCAAUAGACGCCCAACCACGCCCUCGAUGACAGCGCAGGUGGCCCGGAACUUGCUUCAAUCGGGAGUCUCUCAAGUUGCGUCCGAAGCAGAGCUCAGUGUAAUUUACAAGUGGGCGGGGAUGAUUAGCAAUCGCGCUGCGGCUCAGGAACUGGGAGAGGACGAUCAUGGAUAUGUUGCCAUUGAGCUCGACGACCUGGUGGGAAUAGAGGUGGAACCAGAGCCAAGAACGAUUGGAAGGCAACGAAUGUGGCGAGGGAGCCGUUGGGGAAGUAUCAAGAGUUAG